ACUGUAGAUAGUCAAUGUGAUCGAUCCCGCAAGAUACCUCGAAGAACUCAAGAAGACCUGUCUAUUUGUCAGAAUUUUAGGGAAUUUUUACGUCCUUCCGGAUAUUAAUAGAGGCAAAAUGCAUGGCCGAUUGAAAGUGAAGACGACUGAAGAGCAGCAAGAGGCAAAGAGAAAGGAACGUGAGAAGAAACUAAAACUCUAUACAGCUGGUACCCAGAAAGUGUUUGAAAAGAGAAAGAAGAAAGAAUAUGAUGGGGAGAUCUUAGAAGUGUGUGCUCAGCUUCUUUCAGCAAAUCCUGAUGUCUACACACUUUGGAAUGUAAGAAAAGAAACAUUCCAAGUAUUUGCAGAGACUAAGUCAUGUGAUGAGAUGAAGGAUCUGUACGAUCGUGAGUUGGGAUUUAUUGAGAAUUGCUUGAGGGUGAAUCCUAAAUCGUAUGGUGCUUGGUAUCAUCGAUGCUGGGUUAUGGAUCAUACACCAAAACCAGAUUGGAAACAGGAACUCAAGCUCUGUAAUCUCUAUCUGGAAUAUGAUGAGAGAAAUUUUCACUGCUGGGACUACCGUAGGUUUGUCGUCGCUAGGUCAGAUGUAGCUCUGUCAGACGAUCUUGAAUUUACCAGUACUAAGAUAAGUACGAACUUCUCCAACUACUCCUCCUGGCAUUACAGGAGUAAGCUACUCCCUCAACUUCAUCCUGAUCAAGAAAAGAAAGGGCGGAUCAAAGAGGAAAUCCUCAUGCAAGAAUAUGAAUUGGUGCAGAAUGCUUUCUUUACUGACCCCAAUGAUCAAAGUGCAUGGUUCUAUCACAGAUGGCUCAUGGGUAGAGGUGAGAAACCGUUAGGGAUCCAAGUAAUGUAUGUAAACAGCGCCCUCAAUCAAAUCAUGGUGAUAUUCAGUCAACCUGUAAACCUCCAGCAGCAAUCAGCAGUGGUGUUUCUAAAUGAUCAAAUUGUAGAUGGAACAUGGAAGAAUUCAAGGAAUAAUCAAUACCACAGCAUCAUGUGGAUCUACACAGUCAACAGUGAUGCAUUAAAUCAGGAGAAUAGAAGAAAACUUGAAGUCAAACUGAGCGAAGAUGUUUGUAGAACAUGCCAUCUGGAUGAAGGUGUGACGGAAUGUUGGAGCAAGGAUGUCCAAGAUUCAGGAUCACUCUUUACUGCUGAACUCAGUGAUGAAAAAACAGAAUUCCUCAAAACAGAACUAGAGUCAUGUCAGCAACUAAGAGAAUUGGAACCGGACAAUAAAUGGUGUUUAUUGACAGUGAUCCUUCUCAUGAGGGUUCUCGACCCCUUGAAACUAGAGACGGAGAUGCUUAGCUGCUUCACAACCAUCCUGGCUCAAGAUACCUACAGAGCAGAUUAUUUCAAGGAUCUCAGGUCCAAGUUUAUCAUGGAGAAUGCCAUCAUGAGAUAUCUACAGGAGAGGUCAAAGGUCACAGAGUCGUCAGAGGUCAACGAAAUGACAUUUGAUAUAUCUGGCAAGGAGUUAACAACACUACAUCAUCUCGAGCACCUAUCAUCUUUACGCUUCUUGGAUUUCUCAAACAACAAUCUUCUUGCCCUCAAUGAUGUAGAUCUACUGUUUAGUGUGUCAGACUUAAAGGCUGAUGAUAACAAGAUCAGAGACAUCUCACACCUGCUUGGGUUGCCUUCCUUGGAAACUUUAUCUCUGAAAAACAACAAUAUCUCUUCUCUCAUACACAUAGAACCCCUGGCAGCUUGUCCAAAUCUUCAAAAUUUAGAUCUGACUGGUAAUCCUAUUUGCGACAUUGACAUGUUUAGGUCUGAAGUAGGACGACUACUUCCACAGCUAAAAAGUCUGAAUAACAAGUCUCUAUGACAAUGAUUAGUUUGUGUAUAGGUGCGUGUUACUCAUUUUCAAGUGCAAAUAACAUUAAUUGCUCAUUAUUGUUUUGUACCAAAUCAAGAGAGGAAGAAAUUAAGUGUACUAGAUAGAUGAACGUCAGUAUGAAUUACUUUUACUGUAAGUUUGCAUAUAAUAACAACAACGUUAUCUACCAACAAUUAUAAAGUUCAUUUGAUGUCUUAGCUAUUGUGUAUUGACAUAGCAUUGGCUUAAUUUGACUUCCAAGAUAACUUUGUGUGCACAUUCCAGUCGUCAUUUUAUAUUGUUAAAUGUUUCAUUAAUAAUUUAUAAAAGCAAAGUCCAAAAAAAGUCAAACAAACACGAUGAUGGAUUUCUGUCAUCGUUGACCCAUUUGCAUAUUUGAUAUGAUACAUCCAAUGAUAACUACCCAAGGUCCCAAUGCUUAAUAGUCUAUCAAAAUUAAACUUAUACUUUAAUUGUAGUUAGCAUUGAAUAGUAACAUUAUUAAUAGUAUUAAAGAGGGCCAGGUAUAUCUAAACCAUGGGAAAAGUUUAGUUUAGUUUCCUCAUACUGUACUACAUGAUACUUAUCUAUCAUGUUUUAAAGCCACAGACUGUAGGUCGUUAUAAUAGGUCUUUGUAUACAACUAUGCAUGUACCUUAUUUAUUUGUACAAUUAAGUGAAUCAUUUGUGAGUCCAAAUUCAUACUUUGCUGAUGUAUGCAUAUUAGAAUGACAAAAUAUUAUCUAAGGGGAUUCUGGUAUCAAGCCAAAGGUCUCCGGGGUCAUUAUAUUCAUUGAAUUACCUUGUUUACACGAUAACUUAGGAACGUAGUGACAGAUCAUCUUCAAUCUUGGUUCCUGUUUGCACUUGUGAUUGAGGAUGAUAUGAGUAGAUUGAGGUCACAAUGCCAAGUUCAGAGGUCAUUACAUAAGCAUUUAAGAAGUUACAUUUUUUGGUCUGUCAAUGGGAGAGGCAUAUAAUUCGACAGUGUAAAGUCAAGGAUCCAUUUAGUUUGUAAUUAUUUAGACAAAGGUCUUCAGCUUGGCUUGUCCUCAAACUGAAAUAUUGAAAUCAUAGUAUUGAUUUAUGACAACUUUCCAUUAUUCUUGUCAUGCAUACUUUCUUUUACAUUAUCUUAUUUUUAUUUUCAUAUCAGUAAUAUUCCAUUCUCAACAAACAGACUGUUUAUGUUGUUUAAUAGCAAAUGAUGUUAACGUUGAAAGUCUAUUUCAGAUUUCGCUCCCCCCCCCCUUGUGUACAUCUCACUAAUCCGAUUCAUUACUUGAUGAUAUGAAUGUGCUUUCCCUAAAAAGAUAUGGAUGAAGUUAUUCAUGAACUUUGUGAUAUCACAUGAAAUGUUAUUUUGGUUGGGUACCCAGUCAUAUUUUUUUAAUGUAUAUUUGUUAUAAAUAUGAGGAUACUUCUAAAAAAUAUAAUAAAGAUAUAUAUGAAAUCUGUCUGUAAGAAAUUUCAGCAUUUUGUCUGCUCUCUACAAUAUCUAAAUAUUUUUUUCUCAAGCAUGCAAAAAAGAGCUUUAUAAGAAUAAAUUUUGUAUAGAAAUAUCAAAUCAUUUAAUGAAAUAUUUCCUGGGCGAAAGUUUUUUUCAAAAGAAAUAAAGAAAAUAAACUGAAAGCAAAAUGUUAAUUGUAAAAUGUGCACUGAUGAUAGUGAUACCUAGAGGUAUUGCCAACAGGCUAAUCAAACGGCUGUAGAUCAUACAAUCAACCUUUCAGUUCACAAGAUUAUAUAUAUAUAUAUACUUAAGCAUCUUCCUUUUCCCCUUUGAUUGUAAACUCCUUUGAACUAAUGAUGAUUUACAUUCAAGCCUGUUUACUCUUGCUCAUGAUAUACAGUUGACACUUCCCACAAGAAAUUGAGAACUAGAAAAAUGCAACUCAAAUUGAAGAAAUGCUCAAUUUUUUACAGCUGUGUUCUUUUUCGUCUUAUCUUUUAAAAUAUGACUCUCUUGCAAUUAUUUUAAAUAGUGACGUGAAUUGGGAGUCAGAAUUUGAUCAUGGAAGAAUGUGAGCCAUUGACAGCUACAAGAAUAAGAUCUUUUGUGUAUGUCAAGACAGUGGAGUACAUGAACAGAAUUUGAAAUAUGUCACUAUAAUGGUUCUUCCGUUAUCACAAGAUAUCUGUGUGUGUUAUGAAUUCUGUGACCUUUGACCUCGUGACCCAUAAAACCAAUCAGAUUGUCACUCCCAAAUUACAAGAACCAAGUUAAAAAUUGAUCCGCCAAAUGUUGCUUAAGUUGGAUGGAAUGACUGACGGACAGACAGACAAACUGCCCAAAGACAUACCGCCUUUGGUAUUAGAAGGCAUUUUCAAUGUGCUGUUAACUAAGUGGUACUGUUGUUUUAUCGUGAUUAUGUAAGGAUAUUAAAUUAUUGAGAAAAAACAUUGAAAAACCUGAA